AUAUUUGCGAACUUCCAGAAAGGAAAAUGAUUUAUGAAGCUUAAAAACUGUGCGUAAAAACAAUAAACCCUGCAACACCGCAGAAGAUGACUACAGUGGGAGAGUGAACGGGAGACAGAUCUAUACAUAGUUUCGUCAAUGGAAGUCUCAUACCAGCCAAAAUUCUACAACUCCGUAUUCCAUCCAUCGAUUCCACUUCAUCGUCUCCGUACGAAGGAAUCGAGGCUUUUCUUAAUAUCUUCCCUUCAGCCGUUGCAUAUUCGUAAUGGACUCUGUGUUGGGCCCUCUCCAUAUAAGCAAUUAAUUUGUAGGAACUCAAUAAAUUGUAGAAAUUUAUUCGAUCUGAAGAAAUAUGCAUGUGCAUCUUGGUGCUCUUUCGGCCCAAAGGAGAAAUUUUUUAGACUAUCUUAUAAUGAUAGAUUGCAUAAACAGAAUAAACAGACAAGAUACAUAGUCGUAAGAUCUGAACUUUCUGGCACUGGGACGCCUGAUGCUUCCUAUCAGUUAUCAGAACUUCAGCUGGGUGCAAAAUUUAGAGGAAUUUGUUUUUAUGCUGUUAGUGCAUCUGUUGCCAUUUUCUUGUUUGUGCUGAUGUUGGUGGCGCAUCCCUUUGUGCUCUUAUGGGAUCGAUACCGUAGAAAAACUCAUUACCUUAUUGCCAAAAUUUGGGCUUUUUUGACUGUCACUCCAUUUUUGAAGAUCAAGUUUGAGGGAUUGGAGAAUCUACCUGCACCAGAUACUGCUGCUGUAUAUGUGUCCAACCACCAGAGCUUUUUAGACAUAUUCCCUCUACUCACUCUUGGGAGAAGCUUCAAAUUCAUUAGCAAGACUUCAAUUUUCCUCUUUCCUGUUAUUGGAUGGGCAAUGUUUUUAAUGGGUGUUAUUCCUUUAAAGCGCAUGGACAGCAGAAGCCAAUUGGAAUGUCUUAAACGGUGCAUGGAUCUAGUUAAGAAGGGAGCAUCUGUUUUUUUCUUCCCAGAGGGUACUCGAAGUAAAGAUGGAAAAUUAGGAACUUUCAAGAAAGGUGCAUUCAGUGUUGCGGCAAAAACCAGAGUACCAGUGGUUCCCAUUACUCUUAUUGGAACCGGAAAAAUCAUGCCUGUGGGAAAGGAGCGUAUACUAAAUACAGGAUCUGUAAAAGUUGUCAUCCACAAGCCUAUAGAAGGAAAUGAUCCUGAUGUUUUAUGCAAUGAAGCUAGAAACACAAUUGCUGGUGUGCUUACUCAUCUAGACUAAGAGAUUCACUGGAAUAGUCUCUGUUGGGUUUUCAUGUCCAACUAUUGAGGGCCCUGUGGUGGAUUGAGGAAAUAUAGUUGAAGAGUUAUUGCUUCUGAUGGCUGGAGUUAUGCAAUGUUAUUGAUUUUUUCACUGUUAGCCGAUUAUUUUUUCAAAGUAUUAACAACUAACAACACUAUGCAACCUUCAUUUAACUAAUAACACUAUGCAGCAGCCUGUUAAGACCUGCAACUCCAUUGAACUAGAAAGGUUGGUUGCAAAUAUUAGUUGACAGGAUCAAAGUUAACCUGAGAAAAACUUGAAGUAGAUUAUAUUGUAAACAGAAUAAAUACUCUCUCUCGCUGAACAGAAAUAAAGAGUCUCACACACGUCCACCCACCCACGUGUGUGCACAUAUCCCUUUUAAUUUCUAUUCCUUCUUGUUUGUGAGAUAGGAACAGUUUCAGUGGUCAAACAAAUGUUAUUCUGCUCUGGUUCUUGGAAGUAAUCGAGCAAUGCAAAAAUUAGACUUUUUUUAAUUGGCAA